UUGUGAGGAGGCCUGACUGCUGGGCCGCCCAGCCAGCACCUGUGAGCACUCCCACCUCAAGGCGGGGCCGCAGGCUGGGGGCGUCACACUGGGGACCUAGCACUUGGAGAACAGGAACCCCAGAGGCAGCCCUGCUGGGCAGUGAGGAGCAGGCCUGGGCCAGGACGCUUGCAACGCACGGGAGGCCGGGAACCCAGUGAAAAGCAGCCGCUUGGGGGGAGGGGAGCCAGAGACCCUGAUAAUGAAUUUUGACCAGAAGGCGGUGAAAUUCCUGGCAAGUUUUCACAUCAAUGGAGGCAGACACUGGACCCAUGGCUCCCUGAAGCAGAAGCCACCUGUGACUUCCCAGCUCAAUGCUGCUGUGCUGUUGUCAGGCCUGGAACCAGGGCUGGGGGCCUCCUGGGAGGAGAUGUGGCCCACAGCGGUGCAGGAGCUCCAGGUGGGGCUCAGGACGCAAACCAGCCCCCGCCAGGAGCCCCUUACUCGGAACCUGAGGGAGCUGUUGCUGGAGCAACGCCCUCCCAUCAUGACCGACCUGCAUGUUCCUGGCCCCACCAAGUACCAGGUGCCAGACGCGUCGGUGCGAGAGUCCUCCCCACACCCCCACUUCAGCAUCGGCCGCAGGCACCCCACCCACGAGGGUGGUGGCCGCAGGGCGUGGCAGACAGUGUGGUUCCAGAGUGAAAGCCCCUUCACUCAGAAAGCUGACUUCAAUCGAGAGCAGAAGUGGCCAUCGCCUGCAGACUACCAGCUGCCCAGCCCGCCUGCGUGCCCAGCCUUCAGCUUCAGGGGCCGCCCUGCCUCCAGGCCGCCUGAGGCCCGAGCCCGCCAGGGGGUGCUGCAGGCCUGGGGCACAGGACCCCGGGCCCAGCCCCUCCUGCAGGCCCCUCCGCCCACAGGGGACAAGACGGGCCCUGGCCCCAGCACCUACAACAUCCUUCCUGGCUGCCGUCUGAAGGGCCCGUGCCCACCCGCCUUCUCCAUGGGCCGCUCACCCCUGCUGGCCUCCUGGGUGGGCUCCUCCUGCACCCCAGGCCCGGCCGCCUACAACGUGGAGGACUGCUACAGGUCACAGCUCCCCUCAGCACCCGGGGUGGUCAUCCAAGGUGUGCGGAGGCCCAAGCGCCACGACACUGGCCCGUUCUGUGCGCUCUAG